AUACGAUAUCAUACCACGCGCAAUGGGAUAUCGCACGAUGAAGCUCUUCAGCUGUUGCCACAGCACUGAGGAAGCCAUCUCCCUGCCUGUGUCUUGCAGAAACCCAAAGGCCAAUUGACCUACUAGCAUGCGGGCUUACUAGUUUAGCGUAAAAGCCCCGCUGGGAGACGGCUUAAAUAAAUGCAAUGGCUGUCUGCCAAGCUCUAAUCAAAUAACAUGGCACGCCUUUGGUGUACACUGCUUCUAAUUGUGAUUGGAUUGCUGCUCAGCGGAGAGGCUACAGGAGAAGCAGGAGCAGGAGAAGAACUGCAGGGUGGCCACGGCAAUGUUUCCAAUGGAGAAGUAGCAGAAGGAGAGAAUCAUGAUAAAGCAGUAGCAGGAGCGGCAGAAGAUCAGCAGGAUGGCAAGAUAGUGAAUGGCACGCUAGCUGCCCAAGGCGAGUUUCCCUAUAUCUUGUCACUGCGCCGUGCCAAAACGGGCGCGCACUCUUGUGGAGCGACAUUGUUGAACUCGCGCUGGGUGCUGACAGCGGCGCAUUGCGUGCGUGGCUCGAAGCCGGAGCAGUUGAAUCUGCAGUAUGGUAGCAAUCAAAUUGACCGCAAUGCCAGCCAGCUGGCCUGGAUAGCGGCCAUACACGUGCAUCCCGGAUACGAGCCGGAGGACAAGUACAUACAUGACAUAGCGCUGCUGCAGCUAAAGGUGCCCAUCCUCUAUAGCCGCAGUGUGCAGCCUGUCCGGCUGCCCGAGCCACUGCAGCAAAUAGAAGAGAAUAGCAGCGCCGUGCUCGCUGGCUGGGGCUUGAAUGCGACCGGAGGCGCGCUGCAAGUGAAGCUGCAGAAGGCGCAGCUGCACGUAUUCAGCGACGAGGAGUGCAGUCGGCGUCAUCAGACGCAGCUGCAUCGGAGCCAGCUCUGCGCUGGCCUGCCCGAGGGCUGGAAGGGUCAGUGCAGUGGCGAUUCGGGUGGCCCACUGCUGCUGCCCGCCUUGGACACCCAAAUCGGCAUCGUCUCAUGGAGUGUGAAGCCCUGCACACGUCCACCCUACCCGGGCGUCUUUACCGAAGUCUCCGCCUACGUUGAUUGGAUACGGCAGACAGUGGGUCGGCAUGACCCACAGCAUUCACGGCUCUGGAUUGGCAACCUGAUUGUGGCACGCGAGCCACCUCCACUCGACACCAAUUAACACGUUU